GUUAUCAAUAAUAUCUUGGCUUCUCCAUAUUCAAAUCUAUAUAAUCCCGAGAACAUUUAUUUGUCAAAAGCUGGCGGUGGUGCCGGUAAUAUUUGGGCUUAUGGGUUUUCGCAAGCAGAAAAAGUAUGCGAAGACAUAUUUGAAAUGAUUGACCGCGAAGCGGAUGGAAGAACAGGUUCUGGUAUGGGAUCAUUCCUUCUGGAACGGCUCAAUGAACGGUAUCCAAAAAAGUUAAUUCAAACAUACUCCGUAUUUCCUAAUAAUGAGGAGUUUUCUGAUGUGGUUGUUCAGCCAUAUAACAGUAUGUUAACUUUAAGAAGACUGACUAGUAAUGCAGAUUGUGUGAUCGUGUUAGAUAAUGCUGCUCUGAAUCGAAUUGCAUGUGAUCGGCUUCAUGUUCAAAAACCUACAUUUACACAAACAAAUCAACUGGUAUACACAACAACUCUUCGUUAUCCUGGUUAUAUGAAUAAUGACCUUGUUGGAAUGAUUGCAUCACUAAUUCCCACACCUAAAUGUCACUAUUUAAUGACAGCAUAUACACCUUUUACGAGCGAUAAAGUUGAAAAGGCCAAGUCUAUACGUAAGACAACGGUGCUUGACGUCAUGAGAAGGUUAUUACAACCAAAAAACAAGAUG